AAAAAUUAAUGCAUAGAUGUCACCAAGCAAAACAAUUUUUUGUUCUUGAAUUAAAUUUGAGUAAAAUUAAUACGUAUGACUUGGAGCGUAUUAUCAUAAACUAAUAAGCUGGUAUAAAGGAAAUAACAAAAAUCCAGAAGAAUUAAGAGAUAGUUUAAUCUCUUACAAUAAAACAUUCGAACAUCAUCAAAAAAAAAUUUUCUUAUUUAACGUGGCGUGUGAAAACAGCAUCAGAACGCAGAACAGUAAAGUUCAUCCUAGUCCGGGGGCAGCCCGCAGUGUAUGGGCGCUACCCUUGACUGCUUCGUGUAAUAUGGUGGCUGAAGAAGAGAGCGCCGCGCAUACAGAUGAUCCACAGGACCCUCAUCGUCAUUCACCAACUGAAAAUCAUCCUCACCAUCAUCAAGGUGAUGUGGAUAGCAAUUUAAUAAUUGAAGGAUCUGAGGUAAUGGCAUAUCUUGAAGAUGUUUUUGAUGUUAUAAAGAACGGCGAAGUUAAUGAUUUAGAAAACCUAGUUGAAAAAUUUGGUUUAAGUUGCUUGUCAGCGCGGGAUCGUCAUGGCUACACUCCGGCACAUUGGGUUGCACUUGAUGGUAAUGUGGAAAUGAUGCGUUAUUUAAUUGAAAGAAAUGCGCCAAUUGAUCUGCCGUGUUUGGGUAUUCAAGGACCUAGACCAAUCCAUUGGGCAUGUAGGAAAGGUCAUGCUGCUGUUGUGCAAGUAUUAUUACAAGCUGGUGUUGCGGUCAACGCAGCUGAUUUUAAAGGAUUAACACCACUCAUGACGGCUUGUAUGUAUGGCAGAACUGCAACAGCCGCCUAUCUAUUAGGCAUGGGAGCUCUAAAUCAUUUGACAGAUAUCAAUGGUGACACAGCUUUGCAUUGGGCCGCCUACAAAGGACAUCCAGAUUUAAUGCGAUUACUAAUGUAUAGUGGCGUUGAGCUUCAAAAAACGGACAAUUUUGGAUCAACCCCUUUACACUUAGCGAGCUUAUCCGGUAAUAUAACUUGUGUCCGAUUACUUUGCGAAAAAAGUAAUAUGGACUUGGAACCUCGUGAUAAAAAUGGUAAAACGCCUAUAAUGUUGGCUCAAAGUCAUAGACAUCACGACAUUGUUAAACUACUCUAUAAUGAAGUUAAAAAGAAAUCAAGGUGGUUACCUUCAGUAUCUGAAAUCUGGGGACUUCUGUUUGGUGGAGCCGGAGAUACAAAAGGACCAUUAUUACUAUUUUUAUUUUCUGUUCUUCUCUGGGGUUACCCAAUGUAUAUGAUAAGGUGUAUUCCUAUAACCUGGAACAUACUACGAAGGUCACAUUACUGCUUCAUAUAUUGGAAUGCUGUAAUGUGGAUUAGCUGGAUAAUAGCAAAUCGUAGAGAUCCCGGUUAUAUACCUCUAAAUUCCGAUGCAUAUUAUAGAGCUAUUAAACAAAUACCCUAUUUUGACAAAUGGAAAAAACGUAAUGUUAUAUUAACACGAUUGUGUCAUAGUUGCAGGUGUUUAAGACCAUUGCGAGCGAAACAUUGUCGUGUUUGUAAUCGUUGCGUUUCAUAUUUUGACCAUCACUGUCCCUUUAUAUACAAUUGUGUAGGGUUACGCAAUAGAAUGUGGUUCUUCCUAUUUGUUCUUUCAAUAGCAAUUAAUUGUUCGUUUACAAUAUAUUUCGCAUGCUAUUGUGUUAUGAUUGAAGGAUUUACAUUAUUAUACGUCCUUGGACUGCUUGAAGCAUUCAUUUUUUGUGGCUUAGGUUGGAUAUUAACAUGUACAUCUGUUCUUCAUGCCUGUAUGAAUUUAACAACUAACGAAAUGUUCAAUUACAAACGUUAUCCGUACUUAAGAGAUAAACGAGGACGCUAUCAAAAUCCAUUUUCAAGGGGACCCAUUUUAAAUUUAUUUGAAUUUUUUGUAUGUUUGCCGGAUCGCGGAGAUGACAACGAUUUAUUAUUAGAUGAUCAUCUUUGAAAGUCGGAGAAAAUUAGGAAUAAUUAACUAAUUAUUAAAUAAUUUUCUAAUUUUAUAAAUGAAUCACUACAUUUUACUUUAAGCUUAAGAUCUUUUUGUUUUUACGAAAAAUUGUACUUAAUUUGUUUAACAGAAUUUUAAAUGCACAAUCCAUGCACAUUGUAUCAAUUUAAAAUUGUCGUUGCCUGUAAUAUGCAAAGUGUCGUUAAAUAUAGUUUAAUACUAAGGCUUGUUAAUUGUAAAACGCCAAUUUUUUAUUAAAUAGUUCAGUAAAUUAUAGCUUAAA